UUUCAGAACAAUAACAGCAUCUGGUUCCUCAGUCGGUUUCUGAAGAUGGCCAUGCUGCUCUUGGUGAUCCUCCUGCACUUCAGUGGUUUCCAGCAGAUAGCAGAAGGCAUGCAGACUAUCAAGGUGAGAUCAGGUGAGGACGCCAUGCUACAGUGCCCCCUGCUGGACGGCUCUAACGCCACCACAGCCAACCACAUGGUGUCCCCCAGUGGCCCGUCCACCGUCAGCUGGUACAGGAAGGCAGCAGGGCAUGCACCUGAGCUCCUCGUCAGCUUCAGACCUGCAGACGGCUCUAACAUUAAGUACGGAACCGCUGUCGGUCCAGAUAAAGUCUCAGCUGCAGCUGAUGGUUCUCUGCUGCUGCGGCACUCCGAGCAGAGCGACACAGCGGUUUAUUACUGUGGGAUCAGCCAGGGAUCUGAACAGAAGAUGGACCCAAACCCAUAGAACCACACAGGGAACUAAUACGGACUCAGCUGCUUUUAGUUUAGGGUUCACAAAAUAAGGCCAGAUGGCCAGAAAUGGACCUAAGACAUCUUAAUUUGACCUUUGACACCUGGACUAGAAAAUGUUAACUACACCUUAACAUCCUGAGUAUGAAGCAUCCAGUUGUUGUUCUGGUUUGGUUCUGUUUACACAGAUUCUGGUUCACCCAUAUGAUGUCACACAGACAAAUAAAUAACAAAUCAAUCAUUAAACAGGUGUAUUUUCAUGUGAACACAGGGUCACCUGUUUUGAACACAAUCUGUUAUUUAAGGAAGUUCUCCUAAACAAACAUUCAGAAUGAGCCUUAGACACUGAUUAUCAUCCAUGUUGGAGUAAAACUUUUAGAAAAUGAUAAAUAAAAUGUUUAAAUUAUAACAUUUAUUAAUUAUAAAGACAAACUUAAAACACUUGGAGAUGAUUUUUUUUUCACUAACUGAGAGAAAACUUCCUUUUUGCCUGAGGGUGAAAAUUCAUUUUUGAGCUGUUGUUUCAUCUUCUGACUAUCAGAAGGUGCCCUUCUGUGGAUUCAAAUCAUAACAAGAUUUAACAAAAUCCACAGUUUAAAAUAAAUAUAGUUUACACAUUCAGGUCACGUCAGCCUGAUCUUUGUGAUGUGGAUCAAGACCACAGCAGGAGCCAUACCACCCCAGAACCCUGGCCCAGAACCGGCACAGGUUAGGUUAGUGGUUAGGAGCUUUGUCUCGGGUCCGUUCAUAGACAAAAACUUAAAACAUGUUUUUUUGUUUUUGUUGUUUUGACAACAUUUUUGUAAGUAAAAAAAAAUGGACUCAACAAAACAGAUUGUUGUUUUUUGUUUAUAUUUGUUUCUCAAUGAUCAAUUAAAUUUAAAUGUACUUUAAUCAGAAACAUAUUUAACCUAAAUUUUAACAAUCGUAAUGACUUGAAUCUGUUCAAAAUAAUUUAUUUAAAAACCAAAAAUAUGUUUAAAACCAGCGAGGUUAAAAGAGAAAAAUAUCAACAUCAAGAUGAAUUUUAUUGUUUUAUUGAGGCUAUUAGUAGAUUUUACAGAAAAACUAAAAAUACAAAAACAUCCAGUUAAUAAUUUCGUCAAAGAGCUAAUUUAUUUAUUAUUAGAAGUUAUGGAAAAAAGAUUAAAGAUAAACACGUUUAGAACAAUGACUAAAAUCCAACAGCAAACUCCAGCCGCUUAAAAUGAAGCCAACCGGAAGUGACGCAAAUUGCAGUACCUCCCUCAUCCACUAGGGGAAGAAUCCAGAAAGGAGCAAGUUCCCAUUGACUCCCAUGGUAAAAUACCAACUUCGCAGCAGAAACAAACAUGUUUACAGUCUGGUUCAAAAACACAUUUUAGGAUUAAUAGGUCAAGUGUACCAUCUUGACAAAACUCCGAGGGGGUGGAUUUAUUUGUAGUGCAUCUGUUCAGAUGAAAUUACAGGUUGAAAUUAUGAAUAUGCUACUGAGGGGCGUGUCCUUCUGAUUCACAGGUAGCAGAGGAAUCAUCAGCGCUAGUGGCUUGCCCUGUAUGGAACAAAUAGUCUCAUCAGAAUUUGACUUUUUUUAGACAUUGAGUUUUUAUUCUAUGAAAUUAUGUAUUUGAAAUAUAAAAAAAA